AUGCUUCUUUGGAAUUGCUGUAAUGAAAUUAUACCGGUGGCUCAAAAACUUCCAUCUAUUGUGGAAUCUAUUUCACCCAUUUGUGUUCGAUGUUAUACUUCAGAAAACCACCUUCAUUUGUUUAGGGAUUGUUGGGAAUCCUCAAUUAUCUGGAAUUACAUUUUUGAAAGAACAAAAGUUGCAACUGUCAUAAACUUGCACUUGUUUUUUAAUGCCAGUUGGAGGGAUUGGAUCACUUAUAAUUUAAAUCAAAAUCGGGCUUGGAAGGUUAUGUUCAUUACAUCAAUUUGGCAUGUUUGGAUUGCUAGAAACAAAACAGUUUUUGAAUUAAAGGUCUCCAAACCCUUUUCAAUUUACAACGCUUUGUUUAUAGACCAUGCUUCCAUUUCUUAUAUUCUUCAGGUAAAAGAAACACCAGUUAUCAGGGCUCCAAAACCAACCUGGUAUCCACCCACUUAUGAUUAUUUGAAGCUGAAUGUGGAUGGAAGUUGGAAGGAUUUGAAUGAAGCAGGUGGGGGGGGGGUGUUUAGGGGAGUUUCUGGGAAUUGGUACAUGGGUUUUUCAAGCAAGUAUGAUGCCUCCUUACCAUUAGCAGCUGAAUUAUAUGCUAUCAGGGAAGGUUUAACCAUGGCAGUGGAUUAUGAUAUACAGAAUCUGGAGCUGGAAACAGAUGCAACAAUUUUAAUCAAGCUUCUUCAUAACCUAGAUGACACAUAUCACCAUGAGUUAUCACCAGUAAUCAACGACGUGGCUUGUCUCAUGAGCAGAUUCAGAUCAAUCGAAUUUACAUAUAUUCCGCGAAGCACCAACAAGGUAGCCCAUUGUCUUGCACAGUACUCAUUUGCUAUGGAAGUUGGGCACAAUAUGUUCCUUAAUCCACCACCAUUUGCUAGAGUUGCGUAUGAGGGGGAUCUUGAAGGAUUGAAGGCAAUACCAGACUUGAACAAGACAAUGGAGCAGGGUACACAAGAGGUGGGGGAGUCGAGUGCAGUAGCAACUUCCACAGAUGCAUCUGCAAUUGUUAGCACACAGAUCCUCUUUGGAACAAUACCAACUACAGUUACAACAAGUGUUGCGAAAUUGAAAAAGUGA